GCAUCGACCAGACCAUCCCGCGCAAUGAGUCUCAUGCAGGUUGUCAUGGAUAAUAAUACUAAAAGCUGCUAUUCGGGGGCCAUGGCUCACAAGGUAUGCUUCGUUUCCCCCCUCUUACUUAGAGUUGUUUAUCGGACAAUAAUCCGGGCAGGAAUUGAUAAAUAGACCUUAUCACCAUAUGUCCCGUAGUAUACUGCAAAGAUCAUACAUAUAUACGUAUAAGUUGAAUUAAACCACCAUGUCUAUCUCUGCGGAUCCCGCACCACAACCUCCAUACCCACUGCACGAGUCUGUCCGCGAUAGACUACACCCAGAAUACGUCGCUUUCUACAGUAAAUACAUCAUCAACCAGCAACAAGUCCACUUGCAGCCUGUUUCUGCAUCCAGAACGAGCGGAAUCCUCAUCCCGGGGGGAGGUCCAGUCCUCGAAGUCGGAAAGACCGAAGAUAUCAAUAUCAAGCGACAAGAGACGGAAGGUCCUGAUGUUUCAGUCCGAGUGUUCACACCAGAAGGAACGAGGCCCGAGGGAGGCUGGCCUGUCUUCUUAUAUUUUCACGGAGGUGGCUGGGUGCUAGGGAAUAUCGAUACCGAAAAUACAGUCUGUAGUAAUAUCUGCGUGAGAGCGAAAUGUGUCGUCGUCACUGUUGACUACAGACUCGCCCCCGAAGAUCCUUUCCCUGCCGCUGUCCAUGAUUGCUGGGAAGCCCUCCUCUGGCUCAUCUCUCCCGAAACCGCCUCACGUCUAUCAAUCAACACCAGCAAACUCUCCACCGGCGGUUCCUCCGCAGGCGGAAACCUCGCAGCGAUAAUGACACACAAGUCCCUUUCUCGACCUGAGCUCUCCAUUAAAUUCCAGACUCAAGUCCUCGUUGUCCCUGUCACAGACAACACGGCGACAAUCGCCAAUAACUGGUCCUGGAACGAAUUCCAACAUACCCCAGCCCUUCCGGCGCCGAAGAUGAUGUGGUACAGGAAAAAUUACCUCCCCAACGAAGCGGAUUGGUGUAACCCAGAAGCAAGUCCGUUGCUUUACGAAGAUGAUUGGUCAAAGUUACCUCCCGCGACGGUGAUUGUGGGAGAAUUGGAUGUAUUGAGGGCGGAGGGGGAACAGUAUGCGGAGAAGUUGAAGAAGGCAGACGUGCCCGUCGAGCUGCAUGUUAUGCAGGGUAUGCCGCAUCCGUUUCUGGCAAUGGAUGCGGUGCUGGAGGCAGGAAAGAAGGCGAUCACAUUGGCGUGUGAGGCAGUGGAGAGGAGUUUUCGUUGAAAUGGAAUAUCCGUAUAGAAUAGAUUUGAACCAGGGCUAGUGGGAGGUCGAUGUCGGAACAUAUU